GCCGAUGACGCGCUUGCACAUGCUUUCGCGACCGCAACUACCUCCAAGGUCCAUCGACAGAUACAUUUUGGCAAGUCUACAAUCCUAGACCUGUAAUGUCUGCGCCCUUUGGCUCACGUAGGAGGACUGCUCCUCAUACAUUCCCAACAUGCCGUACAAUAUCGCCAUGGUCAGCGACAACUUCUACCCUCAGCCCGGAGGUGUAGAGAGUCACAUGUACCAGCUGUCCACUAAACUUAUCGAUCGUGGUCACAAAGUAAUAGUCAUUACGCACGCGUAUGCCGGUCGAACAGGUAUUCGGUACCUCACCAACGGCCUCAAGGUCUACUACGUGCCCUUCUUCAUCAUCUAUCGCGAGACUGCCUUCCCCACCGUCUUCUCCUUCUUCCCGGUAUUUCGCAACAUCGUCAUACGCGAACGAAUCGAGAUCGUACACGGCCAUGCUAGUCUCAGCAGUCUCUGCCAUGAAGCUAUUUUGCAUGCUCGGACUAUGGGGCUGAGGACUGUCUUCACAGACCACAGUCUCUUUGGCUUCGCUGACGCCGGGACUAUCCUCACGAACAAGCUUCUGAAGUUCACAUUGAGCGAUGUGGACCAUGUAAUUGGCGUCAGUCAUACUUGCAAGGAAAACACCGUCCUUAGAGCGUCUCUAGACCCAUCUAUGGUCUCUGUCAUACCGAACGCAGUUGUCGCAGAAAACUUCCGUCCACUCUCGCAAGACUCCCACGAUUCGAAGCACCGAACGGCACCAGGUCCCCGACAGCCUCUUGGACCUGACGAUGUCAUUACGAUAGUCGUCAUUUCUCGACUGUACUACAAUAAGGGCACCGACCUACUCGUUGCGUCCAUACCCCGUAUAAUCGUAGCAAACCCCAACGUUCGUUUCAUCAUCGCCGGUAACGGGCCUAAAGCGAUCGACCUUGAGCAAAUGAUCGAGCGAAACGUGCUGCAAGAGAAGGUCCUAAUGAUGGGUCCAGUCCGUCAUGAAGAGGUACGGGAUGUCAUGGUCAAAGGCCAUAUCUACCUCCAUCCGUCGCUCAUGGAGGCUUUCGGCACGGUCAUUGUGGAAGCCGCGUCAUGUGGUCUCUACGUAGUGUGUACACGAGUUGGUGGUAUCCCUGAGGUGCUUCCUACACAUAUGACCGAGUUCGCUGCACCUGAAGAAGAUGAGAUUGUUGCUGCCACGGGACGCGCGAUCGCGAAACUUCGUGAAGGAAAGGUCAGAACAGACUUGUUCCAUAAUCAGGUGAAGCAGAUGUACUCCUGGACAGAUGUUGCUCAACGGACUGAGAGAGUGUACGACGGCAUCAGUGGUGUGAUUCGGCACGACGAGUUCUACCAGGGUGCAGGAGCCGCCGGAGUAUGGAGUGCGACACGAGGACGUUCCGGUGUGCAGAGCUUCGCACUCAUCGAACGCCUGAAGAGGUACUAUGGCUGCGGCAUAUGGGCUGGUAAGCUCUUUUGCCUCUGUGUCAUUGUCGACUAUCUGCUUUACGUUCUGCUGGAGCUCUUUGCGCCAAGAUCUAGGAUCGACAUCUGCAAAGACUGGCCCAAGAAGGUGCCGAAGGAAACAAAGGAGAAAGAGCUUGACACAGCCAGAGACAACAGCAACCUCAUGAGGAAGAGGAGCAGUCGAUAUCGCCGCGAGAAAAGAGACGAGCGAGACGAGAGUUGACCGCCUCACGCCUCACACAAUCGACCAUGAGAUAAUGGCGGUAUUGGAGAACGUUUCUUUAUUGUGACUUCGACUACGUUUGAAGUAUGGGUAUAGCGCAAAGUUAUCUACGACAAGCAUGCGCCGAAUUAGAAGAACCAGGACCAGGAACGCCUUCCAACGCCGACAAAUGCUCUGUAC